AUGGCAACCAAAGCGGCCCACAAACGCCUUACCCGCGAAUACGCUACCCUCCAAAAGAACCCCGUAGAGUAUGUCCAGGCCGCGCCAGCGGAGAGCAAUAUCCUAGAAUGGCACUACGUCCUCACCGGCCCCCCACAAACCAGCUACACCGACGGCCAAUACUGGGGCACCCUAACCUUCCCGCCCAACUACCCCUUCGCGCCACCCGCCAUCCGCAUGCACACGCCCUCGGGCCGCUUCCGAUGCAGCGAGCGGCUGUGCCUCAGCAUUUCCGAUUUCCACCCGAAGAGCUUCAACCCCGCGUGGGAGGUCAGCACGAUCCUGCUGGGCGUGCUGAGCUUCAUGACGAGCGAGGAGAUGACGACGGGGAGCAUCUCCGCGAGCGAGGGGGAGCGGAAGGCGUUUGCGGCGAGGUCGAGGUGGUGGAAUAGUACGGGUGGGGGGUCGACGAGUCGGACAUUGGAGAAGAGUUCUUUGGGGAGUAAUAGCAAGGGGUUCGGGGCGAUUCAGGCGGGGGAUGGGGGGAAGAGGUUCCGGGAGCAGUUUCCGGAGUUGGAUGCGGAGAAUUGGCGGUGGAUGGAGAGGGAGGGGGUGGAUCCGCAGACGGGGAGGAAGAGUGUUGCUGCGGGGGAGGGGAGUCCGUCGUGCACGCCGGAGAUUGAUGGGUUAAGGAGACGCGGCACUGAGGGGAGUAAUGCGGGCUUGGCGCAGGUGGUGGAGAAUGGACAGGCGGCGAGGGAUGCUGGGCAGGGGUGGUUGGCGAGGAAUAAGCUGUAUUUGAUUGCCGGGGCGCUGUUUGCGUAUGCGGUUAUGGCGAGGUUGUUGAGUGAUCAGCAGCCGUCGUGA